UUAGACGUACAUUUGCAUUGGAGUUCCCUCUAUUUGGGUUGGCAUAAUCGCUCAUUGCUUUCAUCUUGGACCUUCCGAAGCUUGUUGAAAAGCUAUUUUUCUAUAAGCAAUUGUUUUCUGUGUCUUUCUUCUAAUUUACUGUGCUGCUAAUUUCUUCCCAACCUGCACAUGUAUGUAGUUUUAAUGGGCUGAACAAACAAUUCGCACAUUCGUGUACUUUCAUCAAUAAGCUGAAGAUCUUAGCUGUUCUUCUUCUUCUUCUUCUACCUUCUCUGUAGUUUUUCUCUAGAAUUGAUUUUGUUCUCUUUCUAUAAAUGGCGAAUGCAUCUGGAUGCUUUACACCUGCAGUUCCGAGUAUUAGGAGGAGGAAUAUUCCUCCAUUUACAGGCAUAUAUCGAUCUGGGCAUUGGUCCUCUGAUGGAAUCUCCAAAAGGGUACUCUGCUCCAGCACCACUGAAGGUGCAGAUAAGCUUUCUCCUUCUGAAUCUCGAGUUCCCAGGCUCAUAAGUAAAGGCUGCAAACUAGUUGGUUGUGGCUCUGCAGUACCAAAACUCCAGGUUUCCAACGAUGACCUUGCAAAAAUUGUUGAAACGUCUGAUGAAUGGAUAUCUGUUCGCACUGGAAUUCGCAAUCGACGAAUUCUUUCAGGGAAAGAUAGCUUGACAAGCCUGGCUGUAGAGGCUGCAAAGAAAGCUCUUCAGAUGGCAGAAGUUGAUCCCGAUGCUGUGGACCUAGUUUUAUUGUGUACAUCUACUCCAGAUGAUCUAUUUGGAAGUGCUCCUCAGAUUCCAAAGGCCCUUGGCUGCAAAGGAAAUCCAUUGGCUUAUGAUAUUACAGCUGCUUGUAGCGGGUUUGUGUUAGGUCUUGUGUCAGCUGCUUGUUAUAUUAGAGGAGGUGGAUUUAAUAAUGUUCUUGUGAUUGGGGCUGAUGCUAUGUCUCGUUAUGUUGAUUGGAUGGAUCGAGGUAGUUGUAUUCUCUUUGGUGAUGCUGCAGGUGCUGUAUUAAUACAGGCCUGUGAGAGUGAAGAGGAUGGUUUAUUUGGCUUUGACUUGCACAGUGAUGGUGAUGGCCAGAGGAACUUAAAUGCUGCCAUCAAAGAGAAUGAAACGGAUUAUUCAUUGGGUUCCAAUGGGGCAGUCUUAGGCUUCCCUCCAAGGCCUGCCUCUUAUUCCUGCGUCCAGAUGAAUGGUAAAGAGGUCUUUCGCUUUGCUGUUCGUGCUGUGCCACAGUCGAUUGAGUCCGCGCUAGAGAAGGCUGGUCUCACUGGGUCUAGCAUUGAUUGGUUACUGCUCCAUCAGGCAAAUCAGAGGAUCAUUGAUGCGGUGGCAACACGUUUAAAAUUCCCAUCAGAACGCGUUAUCUCUAAUUUGGAAAAUUAUGGUAAUACAAGUGCUGCAUCUAUUCCGUUGGCAUUGGAUGAAGCGGUCCGGAGUGGAAAGGUACAGUCAGGCCAUACAAUAGCAGCUGCAGGUUUUGGAGCUGGUCUUACAUGGGCCUCUGCUAUCAUUAGAUGGGGGUGA